GAAGCUGCGACCUGCCUGGCUGGGCGGACGGCAGCGCAUGCGCAGAAGCUGUAGGGGCCGACGUUGCUUGCCCGGGACUCCAUGAGCGCCACCGGAGGAAGCGGCGGCGGCGGCGGGUUGGAGCCCGACCACAGCCCGGCGGUGCCCGUCCCCCUCCCGCCGCCCCUCCCCGCCGCCCCCGGGGACACCGCCAAGGGCAGCCCGGGGCUCGUGGCGGCGGCGGCUGGAGCGGGAGGAGCCGCAGGCGCUUCCUCCUCUUCCUCCUCCUCGUGCUCUUCUUCUUCCUCGUCGUCGUCUUUGGCGCAUCCCACGGAGGGUCCUGUGCCGUCGGUGCCAAACGGGAUCUUCGCGCCGCCCGGGGGCGCCGCCAACGGGGACACCAAGUCCGCCGCCCCCGCCUCGUCGCCCUCGAGCGCCCCGCUGGUCGACUUCCUGCUGCAGCUGGAGGACUACACGCCCACGAUCCCGGACGCCGUCACCGGCUACUACCUGAACCGCUCCGGCUUCGAAGCUUCAGACCCGCGCAUCAUCCGCUUGAUCUCCUUGGCUGCCCAGAAAUUUAUCUCCGACAUUGCCAACGAUGCCUUGCAGCACUGCAAGAUGAAGGGGACGGCUUCCGGCAGCUCCCGCAACAAAAGCAAGGACAAGAAAUACACGCUCACCAUGGAGGAUCUUGCGCCUGCACUGACAGAAUACGGCAUCAACGUCAAGAAGCCCCACUACUUCACUUAACAGCCCCCCCCUUUCCAGGGCAGCCUCUCUGGUUUGGCCGUCGACUGUUUCUCUCUCUCUCUCUUGGUUGCUGUACCAUUAAAGUUCUCCUUUCUUGAG